UCACGUUGUAUUUUAAAUAAAUUCAUUUUAACAUAAAGUUAAAAUUGUACGUAAAAAUGUGCGCCAAAGUCGAAUACAUUUCCAAAACUCAACAUUAUUUGAAAGUUAAGAAGCCUCUUCUCGAACGUCAACGACGUGCACGUAUGAAUAAAUGCUUAGAUGCUUUGAAGACACUUGUUGCAGAGCUCCAAUCUGAUGACGCUAUUUUGCGCAUGGAUAAAGCUGAGAUGCUGGAAACAACAAUUGUAUAUAUGCGCAGCCAGGCAGUAUGUAAAUUAAAAACUGCAUGGACGUCACCACCAAUGGAUAGCUUUUGCAAUGGUUAUAUGAAUGCAGUCAAUGAAGUUUCCCGCGUUAUGGCAGCCACUCCGGGUAUGAGCGUUGAACUUGGAAAAUCUGUUAUGAGCCAUUUAGGUGUUGAAUUCAAUCGAUUAUUACAACACAAAACACAACAACAACAUCAAGAUACACUUAGUACAAAAUCACAUUUUCCCAGACCAGUUAGCCCAGCUUCAUCCGGUUAUCACAGUGAUUGCGAUGAAAGUUCAAUGGCUACUCCUGUACUCUCAACUGUUUGGCGUCCAUGGUAAAUAGUGCAAAACACAAAAUCACUCACUAAGCUUUAACUGCACAACGCCUGCGAUAUAAAAACUGUGAUAACUAUAGAUUAAGUAAAAC